AUGCUGGAGGCGGAAAUGGUCAUGGGCGGCGCGGUGUCUGAGGUGCUGGAGAAGACGGGUGUGAAGCCCCAGGAUGUGGACAUUCUCAUAACCAACUGCUCCAUCUUCUGCCCCACACCUUCCCUGGGGUCGAUGCUCAUCAACAAGUUCAAGUUCAGGAAGGACGUCCAGGUGUACCAUCUGGCAGGCAUGGGCUGCAGCAUCGGGGUGAUUGCGGUGGGCCUUGUGCGGGACAUGCUGAAGGGUGCGGCGCGCGGGCGUGCAGCUGGAGCGCGCCGGCUGGAAUUGUGGACGGCGCGCAAGGCGGCGCCGCGGAUUCCAGAGCGGCAGCACCAGCAGCGCAGCCACCGCCAUCGUGGGAGGUCGCUGGACGCCGCGCCCUGUCCCGGCACAGCCGUGGGCGGGGCCACGGCAGCUGUCCAUGUGGAGGGCAGUGCCGCCACGCCCGCCAGGCCGCACGCCGCCAUGGCCAAGCCCGCCGCGCAGCCCCAGCCGCCAGGCCGCCAUGCGCUGCGAUGCCAGGGGCCGGCCGCCCUCCUGGCCCACCCCAACAGCAUUGCCCUCAUGGUACCCUGCGAGGUCACCACGUACUGCUACUACCCGGGCACCAACAAGGACUUCCUGGUGUCCAACGCGAUCUUCAGGUCUGGCGGCGCGGCCAUGCUGAUGACUAACAAGUCGUCGCUGUACAGCCGCUGCAAGUACGAGCUGCACUCCAGCACGCGCGUGCACACGGGCCAGGACGACGCCGCGUACCGGUGCAUCAGCUGGGGGCCGGAUGAGGAGGGCAUCAAUGGGGUCUACCUGGGCAAGGAUGUGCCCAUUCAGGCCGGGAAGAUGCUGCAGGCCGUCAUCGCCGCAGCCACCCCCAAGAUCAUGACGUGGCAGCAGCAGCAGCAGCAGCGGCAGCAGUAUCAGCAGCAGUAUCAGCAGCAGCAGCGGCGUGAAGGACGCGCCUGCUGCUUGACGGCACCUUACGCCGAGGCAGCCACCAACAUCAUCGGGCGCAAGGUCCUCGGCCUCAAGUGGCCGCGGUACCAGCCCGACUACACCAAGUGCAUCGAGCACUUUGCGCUGCACGCGGGCGGAUACGCGGUGCUCAAGGGAAUCCAGAAGGGCAUGAACCUGCCCCUUGAGAUGAUGCUGCCCUCCUUCGCAAGCCUGAGGGACUAUGGCAACACCAGCAGCAGCACCACCUGGUACAGCAUGGCCUACCUGGAGCGCUUCGGGUUCGUCAAGCAGGGCCAGCGCAUCAUGCAGGUCGGCGCCGGCGGCGGCAUGAAGGGCGGCGUGAACAUCUGGCAGGCCCUCAGGGACACAGAGACCCCCCACGCCGCCUGGGUGCACGUCGCCGUCCCCUACACCGAGGCCGACAUGCCGAGAUCCAUCUCAGACCCCCGGUCUGCCGCGAAGACGGCAGCAGGCGCACGCGUGAAGGUCGGCGGCGGGGCCGUGUAUCUGGAUGAGAAGGCGCGCGCGGCGGAGAAGCCUUGCGUGGAGGUGUCCGCGCCGUCGUCGCCGGCGGCGUCGUCGGGCAGUGCGCCGUCGGAUGCCAGCAGCCUUGCCGACGCCGCGUGCCGCGCGAUCGAGUUCGAGCAGCGGCUCGCGGCUGCGGCGGCCGCGAACGGCGGCGCGAGGGUCGGGCCGGACCAGGACGCUUUCAAGAGUGGCGCCGUCGGCGAUGGCGCGGGCAGGGGGCGGAAGGGGCUGCGGAAGAGCGCGAUUGAGGCGGCGAUCGAGGCGGAGGCGACGGCCGAAGUUGAGGAGUUUGGGUUCUCGCCCUUGUAG